CCUGAACGAGCUCUGGUUGGGACCUUGGACUUGCUCUUCAGCCUGGAACUGGACCUGGAGAAAUUUUGGCUAGGACCUUGGACUUGAUUCUGUCUUUGAAAAGUCAGAGGACACGGAGAUCUGGACAUCAUGGAUCCACUUCAGGAAGAUGCCUACGGAGCUACAAAUUCUACUGCUGCUGGUGAUGAUGAUGAUGAUGAUAGCCCCAAGAUCAUCAUCCAUCCUGGGAUCUCUGAUAAAGAGAAGGAAUCUGUGGACAACCGGCAGAAACGAAUCUUGGAGGUGCUGCAGACAUCGGGCAUCAAAACCGGCAAGGCCCCGGUGGUUGCUGUCCUCGGUUCUGGAGGAGGCCUAAGAGCUGCCAUAGCCUGCCAAGGGGUUCUGGGAGAACUGAACUGUGCAGGGAUCUUGGAUUUGACCACAUAUCUUGCUGGGGUCUCUGGCUCCACCUGGUGCAUGUCUUCUCUCUAUGCCCGGGAUAACUGGCAGAGCCACCUGGUGGAAGCUGAGGAGGAGUUGAAAGUGAGACUCCAGGAGACUUCCUGGAACUUAGACACUGCCCUGAAAGGUAUCUGGGAAGCAGCUGAUCAGUUGGAAGAUUACUCCUUGACGGAUGUCUGGCAAUAUUCCCUUGUCUACUACAUGACCAAAGAACUACUUGGUUCCAGUCUAUCUCAGGUGAGAGCCCAGUCAGAGAAAGGAGUGGUGCCGUACCCCAUAUUUGCUGCGAUUGAUAAUAGUCUUUUGUCUGAGUGGAAGGAGAAGAAGUCUUUGGAGACUUGGUUUGAAUUCACUCCCCAUGUGGCUGGCUACCCACUUCCUGGUGCCUAUGUCAGAACAACCCAUUUUGGGAGCAAAUUCAAUGGAGGGAAGCUCAUCAAAAAGGAAAAAGAGAAAGAUUUUGCCUACCUCAGAGCAUUAUGGGGUAGUGCAUUGGCUGAUAAAGAGACUACUCAAAAAACCAUUCUACACUUCUUCUUGACAAUAUUUGAAAAGUAUGGCAUCAGGAAUUAUCUGACCAGGAUUUUGUUUGCUCAAUACGAAAGCAGAGACGAACCUGAUCCAGAAAGUGACAAGUUCCUGACAAUGUUAUCCCUGGAUGAGAAAGAGAAACUCAACAUCUUGGAAGUCUUGCAUGAGGAUCACUUGGACCAGAGUUUUCCACCUGGAGAAAAGUCCACCAUUCUCACCAGUGACAGUGAGAACACCUUCACCCAAAUCUCAAUGGGGGAUCAGCUCUAUUCUGUAGGAAGCUUAUUCUUUCCAUUUAAAACGUGGACAAUCUUAAAGCCUUUUUGGACAUGGACUUGGGGAAGUACCAACAACUUUCUGUACCAGCAUGAAGAUCUCAAGGAUAAGCCUCUAGAAGGUAUGGAAAGCAAGGAAAAACUCCAUUUGAUGGAUGCUGGCUUGGCCAUCAACUCUCCCUAUCCCUUGGUUCUCCCCCCAGUGAGGGACACCCAGCUAAUCCUGUCCUUUGACUUCAGUGAAGGGGAUCCAUUUGAGACCAUUAAGGCCACAGCAGAAUACUGCAAUGCUCACGACAUCCCCUUCCCUGAGGUGGAUGUGGCUAAGCUCAAUCGAGAAGCUGAGGCUCCCUCUGACUUCUACAUCUUUGAAGGAAAGAAGGGUCCUGUGGUCAUGCACUUCCCACUUUUCAACAAAGUGAACUGUGGCAGCAGAGAAGACAUCAGUAAAAUGGCCAAUACCUAUCGGACAUUCCAACUUGGACAAUAUUCCCAAGAAGAUGUUCAUCAGCUAUUGGAGCUCUCGAAGGCAAAUGUCAAGAACAACAAGGAGAAGAUCAUGGAAAAGAUCUAUGCCCUGGCCAAGGAAGCCCUGCAGUCAGACAAAUAGGCUUGUCUGGUGGCUUCUGCCAAGUUAAGAGUCACACCCAUGGAGUAUAUCUCCAGGGCAAAUGCUAGUUUCUCUGCCUUUUUGAUCUGUCACUCAUUUGACUCUUCAAGGUGUGCAAUUCUUAGUUGUUGUCUUCUCAGGCUCAGGAACCAUAUCUGUGUCCUAAUUAUACUCUUCUUCUGCUCAGCAGUACAGGCUCUGGGCCACCUAUUUUACCUGCACUGGCCCCAGCUCCAGCCCCAAGAAAAUAUGCAUUUUGUUCCCCAGAAUGGUAUUCUUUCAUCCUCCUGCUUCACUCAGCUCUAUUGCAAGAAUUCUUAGAAGAAAGGAAUUAAAAAGCAUUUGUUACAUA